AUGUUCACAAAGUCCUCCACCAGAAAGCUUUUCCUGGCUUUGUUUAUCUGGACCUCUGUUUCAAGUCCCAGACUCUCGACAAAGCUGGAUUUCUGGCGCUUGGGUAACGGCUCGAAGUUAAACUCGUCGUGCUCCAAAAAAGAUAUUCUUCUGGACGAACUUGACGAGUCUGAUCCGUCAGGAAUCUCCAGCAAAAAGUCAACCAGUUUGCUGUCUUCCGGUCCUGUGAACGACUCGUCUGACGAUGGAAGGUACUCGUCGAAGAACUUGCUGUUGGAGGCCUCGGAAGUGGUGCGGCGCGGCGUGCUACCGUCCAGCUCCUCAGAAUGCCGAUCUCCAUGA